AUGAGUGAAGAUAAACCUAAACGGAAGAAGACGUCUCGUGCUUGUAGUCAUUGUCAGAAAAGUCAUAUGACAUGUGAUUCUAAUCGUCCAUGUAAACGUUGUGUAUCUAGAGGAUUGUCCAGUAGUUGUGAGGAUGCACCUAGGAAAAGAAGGAAAUAUUUAGCUGACGUCCCAAUUGAUGCCUUGAGUAGACCUUUAUAUCGAUCUAGAAGUAAUGAAGUCCCUGAGAGUAUUAAAAGUGAAGUUGUAGAAAGAAGCAACACCACAUCUUACCUAAACAGCAUGAGUAAUAACAAUUUAGGUAACGGUGUAAACAAUGAUAAUAUGGUUAGCAGUAUCAAUCAUAAUGGUGAUGAUUUAAUGAAAAGGAGAUCGAAGUUCUUGUCUUCGGCGGCAGAUUUGGAAUAUUCAACGUUAUCUAAUAUAAUAUCGGAGAAUUUCCUUAAUCAAUCCACCCUGAAUGAACAUACACCCAAUUCAUUGACAUUGUCACCAGCUUUAUCACCUCAUAUUGCACAACAAACAUCACCUAAUACUGCUAUCAAUGAUGCCUUUUUGAUGACACAAGCCCAAAAUCGUCCUGACUUCCAUACUUAUGAUACUUCGGUUAGUUUAUACGAUAGGAAACCCAAAUACGAUGAAAUUAUCAAUCAGUAUUAUUUGGGUCCUGAUAAUGAUAGAAUGAUAUUAUAUCCUGACAUUAUGGAACAGAUAGAAACCCUACAGAAAGAGAAUCCUACCAAAUUCUAUCAACGUCAAAAACAGUCGGAGAUUAGUUUUACUAUGGGAAUCUUACCUGAAGAUUCUUACAUAACCAGAAUCUCUGAGUUCAAAAAUGAUUUGAAACACUAUUUCAAAGAACCAGAAGAUAUCUAUGAAAAGGUGAAAACCCCUUAUAGUUAUACACCAGGAUAUCAUUCAUUGAUUGCAUAUUUAAGAAAAAGAUUCAAUAAGGAAAUGUUAGUAAAGAUGGCAGAAACUAUGGCCUCUUACCGUCCGUCUUUCAUUGCCUGUACGAAUUCUUUGAAAGAGCAUGAUCUUAUAUUUAUGGAACAAUGUUUCCAAAGAACCUUAUUAACUUAUGACAACAUCAUCAAGAUUAGUGGUACCCCUACAAUAGUUUGGAGAAGAACAGGAGAAAUAGCUUAUGUGGGAAAUGAAUUCUGUAUACUCACAGGCUGGACCAAAGAGGAAUUAUUACUGCAUCGAAAGACUUUCAUAGUUGAACUACUUGAUGAUAAAUCAGUGCUUGAAUACUUUCAGUUAUUCCUGAAGAUAGCUUUUGGUGAUUUUUUCGGUGCUACUAUGAGUGAAUGUACUUUAAUAACGAGGAAACUGAUGAAAAUCAAAACAAGAUGUUCUUGGACUUUGAAAAGAGAUGUUUUCGGUAUUCCCAUGAUGAUUAUAGGUAAUUUCUUACCUAUUGUGUAG